UUCCACUGAUGGUAAAGUGACCAAUUUAGGAAGUUGGCCAGUGUGUGCAUCUUCUUCGUGUGCAUCCACCAUACAGAGGGUACCAUUCUGCUGUGCUGCGUGCAUGCAGGCUGUGGAAUGAGAGAUUAGGAGGACCAACAGCAGAAAAGGGAAGGUGUCCACUUUCCUGUCAUGCAAGGAGAUCAGAGAACUUGAUACGUACCACCAUAAAGGUAAAUAUGACCCUUCAGUGUUUGCUUCUGACUUGCGUUUUCCUGCUAAUUUCUGAUUCCUGUGAGCUCUUCGCUGAAGCAGAUUAUUCUAGAAGGUCUCCUUGCGAUGAGACAAGACAAAAUGCUUCUGUUAUUGCACAGUGCAACAAUCGUAAACUGGAUAAAGUUCCCCACGAAGUAGGCAAAUAUGUGACAGAACUAGACCUGUCUGAUAAUUUAAUCACAUGCAUAACAAAUGAAUCAUUUCGAGGGCUGGAAAAUCUUACUAAAAUAAAUCUAAACCACAACGUCGUGGUACAGCCCUACAUUCAAAAUCGUUAUAUAAAUAAAAAAGGCAUGAAUAUCACAGAUGGGGCAUUCCUUAACCUCCCACACCUAACGGAGUUACUGCUUGAAGACAACCAGUUAAACAGAAUACCUGCAAAUUUGCCAGGGAAUUUGAAAACACUUAGUCUAAUUAAAAACAACAUAAUGUGUGUAACUAAAAAUAAUACUUCUGGACUUAAGAAACUGGAAACUCUCUAUUUGAGCUGCAACUGCUUAUUUGGCAAUGCUUGUGAUGGAGCAUUUGAAGAGAUGACAAAUUUGAAGGUGCUGUCACUAUCUUUUAAUAACCUUUCCCAAGUGCCACACAACCUGCCACGCUCCCUCACAAACCUGUAUCUUAGCAACGCCAAUAUCCAUACCAUCUAUAAAGGAGACUUCGAGCAAUUGGAAAAUUUGAGAGUACUAGAUUUAAGCGGGAACUGUCCAAAGUGUUUCAACGCCCCAUUUCCCUGCAUACCUUGUCCAGGAGACAAGUCAAUUGAUAUAAAUAAAGAUGCUUUUCAAAUCCUGACCAACCUUCAAGUCCUGAACCUCUCCAGCACUUCCCUCCGCAAGAUUCCUGCAAGCUGGUUUGAGAAUAUGACUUGUCUAAAGGAGCUGUAUCUUGAAUUCAACUAUUUAGCACAAGAAAUAAUGUCUGGGGACUUUUUAGCAAAACUGCCAUCCUUAGAAAUACUGGACUUAUCUUUUAACUAUAUAAAGGGAGAAUAUCCAGCACAUAUUAAUAUUUCCUCAAACUUCGCUAAUCUUACGAGUCUCCGGGAAUUGCACUUAAGAGGUUAUGUGUUUCAAGAACUUAAGCAGAAAGAUUUGGAGCCCCUGACAAACCUCUCCAAUUUAACGACUAUCAACUUGGGCGUUAACUUUAUUAAGCAAAUCGAUUUUACCUUUUUCCAAUACCAUCCCAACCUGAAGGUCAUUUACUUGUCAUUAAACAGAAUAUCGCCCUUGGUAAAUGGUAUUAGGCAAUAUGAGGCAAAGGACUCCACUGGCCAAGGUCAUAUCCGUAAGCCACGUUCAGCAGAUAAUGACUUUAACCCACAUUUGAAUUUUUAUCAUAGCACCAAUCCUUUAAUAAAGCCACAAUGUAGCGCUUAUGGCAAAGCCUUAGAUUUAAGCUUGAACAGUAUUUUCUUUAUUGGGCAAAAGCAAUUUGAAGCUUUUCCUAACAUUACCUGCUUAAAUCUGUCUUCAAAUAACAAUGGUCAAGCAUUAAAUGGAACUGAAUUUUUAGCUGUGCCUUAUGUCAAAUAUUUGGAUUUGUCAAACAAUAAACUAGACUUUGAUAGUGAUAUGGCUUUCAAUGAAUUGCAUGAAUUAGAAGUUCUAGAUCUCAGCGACAAUGCACACUAUUUUGAAAUAGCAGGGGUAACGCACCGUCUAGGAUUUAUUGAAAAUUUAACAAAGCUAAAGACUUUAAACCUGAGCCGCAACAACAUUUAUACUUUAACAGAGUACAAUCUGAGUAGUGUGUCCCUGCAAGAAUUAGUUUUCAGUGGCAACCGCCUUGAUAAAUUGUGGCAUGUUGAGGAUAACAGGUACAAGACCAUUUUUAAAGGUCUCAGGAACCUGACACGGCUUGAUUUAUCCUUUAAUAACCUGAAGAGUAUUCCAGAUGAAGCUUUUGUUAACUUGCCCCAGAAUCUCACUGAACUGUAUAUAAAUAAUAAUUACUUAUGUUUCUUUAACUGGUCAUUACUCCAUCCGUUUGUUCAUCUCAACUUGCUUGACUUAAGUAGAAACCAUCUCUAUUUUUUAACUUAUAGCCUAUCUAAAUUCACACCUUCUCUUCAGACGCUGCUACUGAGUCAUAACCGUCUUACCCACCUGCCUCCUGGUUUUCUUUCUGAAGCCAGAAAUCUGGUACACUUUGAUCUCAGUUUCAACAAGCUACAGACAAUCAACAGAUCCACAUUUGAAACUCAGAACAUCACCAAGUUAGCCAUUUUGGAACUACAUAGCAACCCUUUGGACUGUACCUGUGACCUAGGAGAUUUUCGAAGAUGGAUGGAUGAAAACCUGCAAGUCGCAAUUCCUAGACUGACAGAGGUCACUUGUGCCAGUCCUGGGGCUCAAAAAGGGAAGAGUAUUAUGAUGCUAGAGCUAAACACCUGUGUUUCAGACACCAUCGCGGCCAUAUUAUGUUUCUUCACAUCCUUUGUCACCAUCAUGGUUAUGUUGGCUGCCCUGGGUCACCAUUGGUUUUACUGGGAUAUUUGGUUUAUCUAUCAAGUGUGUUUAGCUAAGGUGAAAGGCUAUAAGUCUCUUUCCACAUCCCAAACUUUCUAUGAUGCUUACGUUUCUUAUGACACCAAAGAUGCCUCUGUUACAGACUGGGUAAUAAAUGAGCUGCGCUUUCACCUAGAAGAGAGUGAAGAAAAAAAUGUGCUCCUGUGUUUGGAGGAGAGGGAUUGGGACCCGGGAUUAGCUGUCAUUGAUAACCUCAUGCAGAGCAUCAACCAAAGCAAAAAAACAAUAUUCGUUUUAACCAAAAAAUAUGCAAUAAGCUGGAGCUUUAAAACCGCCUUCUACUUGGCCUUGCAGAGGCUAAUGGAUGAGAAUAUGGAUGUGAUUGUAUUUAUUCUGCUAGAGCCAGUGUUACAGCAUUCUCAGUAUCUGAGGCUGCGACAGAGAAUCUGCAAGAGCUCCAUCCUCCAAUGGCCUGACAACCCCAAGGCAGAAGGCUUGUUUUGGCAAAGUCUGAAAAAUGUGGUCUUAACUGAAAAUGAUUCACGGUAUAACAAUUUGUACGUUGAUUCCAUUAAGCAAUACUAACUGAUGUUAUGUAAGUUAUGGUUCACCAACAUAAUACAAACACAAAGAAGUGACCCUUCUGCCUUAGUAACCUAUUGCCGCAUAACAAAUUACCCCAAAACUUAGUGACUUAAAACAACACAAUUUGCUAUCUCAUAGUCUCUGUGGGUCAGGAGUCCAGGUACAGCCUAGCUGGGUUUUCUGCUCGGGGUCUAUCAGAGGCUGCAAUCUAGGUGUCAGCCAGGGCCAUAGGUGUCUCCUGGGGUUAGGAUCCACUUCCAAGCUCACACUCAUGUGGGUGGUUGUCUUCAGGACUUAGUUCCUUCUGGGCUGUUUUCCAAAGGCUGCUCUCAGUUCCCGGCCACAUGGACUUCUCCCACAUGGCAGCUGGCUUCACCAAGGUCAACAAGAGAGAGAGUGUGGGCAAGAUGGAUGUCACCAUCUUUUGUUAGCUAACCAGGAAAGUUGAUAGCCCAUCAAUUUGACCAUAUUCUAUUUGUUAGAAGUAGAUCACGGGUCCCACCAGCUCAGUAGGAGUGAUCACCUCAGUCCAGGGAAACUAGUCUAUGACCGAGAUGGGCAGUUGGGAUGGCUUCAAUCAGCCUGCCAUCUCAGUCACCGAUUGUGAAUAUCAGGAGGCGGGGAUCAUUGUAAGCCAUUUUAGCAGCUGGCCUACUACAGUAAUACCUUGGUUUGCGAGCAUAAUUUGUUUUGGAAACAAACUACUCAUAUUGCAAGACAUCACUUGUUUA